AGAAUCUGAUUGGUGAAAUCUUGGUGGCAAAGCAUUUCACUUUAAUGAAUGUGAUGUUUUCUUUUGUGUGAUCUUCUGUGCAAUUCAUGAAGAAGCAUCUUAACUCCAUCCAACAUAACAAGCAUGGCAGAGAGAGAUUGCCAGGGACUACGGCCAAACAUGAAUUCUGAUUGCAUGAUACAGCCAUCUGCAUUUGUAUCUGAAUGGAUGACAAAGUGGAAGAAUAAUGCAUUGUCUGGUAUGACCCUCCGAGAUGCUUGGCGCCUUUGGGUUCCCAAGCUGUACUCACCUGAACCCAACUGCAAUUGUUUGAAUAUCUCUCGUGAUGAUGGAGAAAUCAACUUCCGUCUUCUGAAACCUCUGGAGAUCUUCAUAUGUGAUGGUCCUCCUGAAGAUAAAUUUCAGAGGUUGUUGCAGUUGGAUACUCCUCCGACGUUAUGUGGAAAGGUAUUCAAGAAUGGAGAACCUACAUACAGCUGCCGAGACUGUGGUAUGGAUCCUACUUGUGUGCUUUGUGUUGAGUGCUUCAAGGAAUCUGCUCACAAGAAUCACCGAUACAAAAUCAGCUCGUCAGGUGGAGGAGGUUACUGUGACUGUGGUGAUGUAGAAGCUUGGAAGAAGGAUGCUUAUUGUAAUAUUCAUCUAGUUGGCAUGCAGAGUGAAAGUCCUGCCCAAAAGGCACUGCACCGUAUGCCUCCUGAUCUUGUAGAACGUGCUCGAAUUGUGUUUUCCACUGUGCUGCGUUAUGCAUAUGAAAUGCUUACAACAGACCUUGCCUUGAAUCUUCCAUCUGAUCUUCAGUUGAAGGAAGAAGAGAGGGAUCCCAUUCAUCUGAUGGGAUUGUUUGAAUCCUCUGACACUUAUGCAGCUGUCAUGUUUAAUGAUGAAACACAUACCUAUGACCAGGUGAUUCACACACUCAUGCGAGCAAUUGAGUGUAGUCAUAAAGAUGCAACUGAUUAUGCUACCAUGAUCGACCGUGAAGGCAGGAGCAUCGUGAAGUGUUCCACUUUCAUGACCUGCAGUCAAGUUGGCCAAACCAUAGAAAGGAUCACAUCUAGGCAUGGAGGAAAACCUCUCAAAGUGACAAUAAUGCAUAUCCAUCUUGUAGCUCAUCAAAUGUUUGCCAUGAAACUACUCUCUUGGCUUCAAGGGAUUUUGAAGGUCUGUGAGGGAUUCAGACAGUUGUUCAGCAACGUCAUGACUGAGGAGUAUGUCCUGGAUUCCAUGCUCUUGGAGGCUAUUUUACUGAGUGAUGCUCAACUUUGGAAAGCUGCUAGAAAUCAAUGGCACCAUCUUUUCAUCACUGGAAUGCUGAUGGACAAUGAAAGCAAGAAAACAUUUGCAAAGAUUUUCACAAAGAACUACUCCAGAUUGAUGAGAGAUUUCAUAGAAGAUGAUCAUGAGCAUUCAGCAUCUGUGACCUCACUCUCUGUUCAGUUAUUUACUGUGCCAACCCUUGCGCACUACCUGAUUGCAGAAGAGAAUGUUCUGGAUAUCUUGCUUAGGACUUUUCAGGCUGAGUGUGCAAGAAGAAGAAAUACAGCUGGCCGGCUGGUGUUUGAAAGGACCAGCCAGGGAAGCCAAGCAGGACAUAUCCGGAGACCUCAGUACAUCCUGAUUGAUGUGAAGUACCUCCUCACUACCAAGCCCACCAUUUGGACUGAUGAGUUGAAGAAAGGCUAUCUCCAGGGCCUGUUCUUGUUACUGGAGCUUCUGUCGUGGAUGGAGGCAAGCCCUCAGCUGGGAAUGGAUGCAGUGGUGAGACAAGUUGGGCAGCAUAUGGAAUAUGAACCAGAGUGGGAGACUGCUUUCAAUCUCCAGAUCAGGGUACUUGGUCCUGUCAUCUCCCUUAUGCUUGACUGGUGCACAUCAGACCGUGUGAUCUUCAUCAAAGCUAGUGUUUCUGUCCACCUUCCUCUCUCUCGCAUCUUUGCUGGAAUGGUGCUGGAAAUGCCCAACUUUGACCUCUCCUUUAACUCUCAGGAGUUUGAAAUCAAGAACAAACCCUCUCUUGUGGCACUGAUGGAACCUUGUCUCAGAACUGAAGUUCUGAUUGCUCAGGUUCAUGCUGGAAUGUGGAGGCGAAACGGCUUCUCUCUGAUGAACCAAGUGUAUUUCUAUCAAAAUGUUCGUUGUCGCAGAGAAAUGCUUGAUAGGGACAUCUUUCUCCUCCAGUGGGCCUCUACUUUGAUGGACAAGAAUGAAUUCCUUAUUCACAUUUUGAACAAGUUUGACUUGGUGAUGUGGACUAAACCUGAUUUUGAGAGCCCUGACAAACUUUGGGCAAUGGAAGAUGAUCGUGUGAAACAGUGUGUCACUAUGGUGGAGGAAUUCCUUGCACUCAUCAUUACCCUUGUGUCUGAAAGAUAUACACCAGGAGUUGGAAAGGUCACACCUGAAGACCAGCUGAAGAAAGAAAUCAUACAGCAGCUUUGCAUUGAGCCUAUGCCUCAUUCAUCCUUGAGCAAGGUCCUUCCUGAAGAUGAGAAUCAUGAGACAGGAAUUGAGAAAGUUAUCCAUGAUGUAGCAGAGUUCAAAAAGCCAACUCAAGGAGUGGCAAAGGGAGUCUAUGAGCUCAAACCUAAACACUAUGCAGAUUAUAAUCUGUUCUUCUAUCACUACACCCGAGAGGAACAGUCUCGCUCUGAGGAAAGCCAGAGAAAGAGAAAGAAGGCAGCUGGGGAAUUGGAGUGUUGCCUUCCGCCAAAGCUUCCCCAGUUGACUCCAGCAUAUGUUAAUAUGGCCGACCUACUGCAGUGUGAUGUGAUGUUACUGGUCAUGAAAACUGUCCUUGAAAGGUCAGCCAAUCUGCGGGCCAGGACUUUCUCUGAAAAUCAAUUUCAAAAGCUUCUGUUCCUGAUGGGAUUUGCUCUGCAUGAAGAGGAAUGGUUUAUCCAGGAGGGGAUUAAAGACAAAUUCACUUUCACAGAAAAGGCAUCCUCUCUCAGGAUCCCUGAGAUCAUGGAAGAUCUUCUGCUUAAUGCACGAGUAGAUAUGCACAAAGGACUCCUCAAAUGGACAACUACAAGGUUCAGAGAGGUGCAAACUCUCAGCUCACAAGGACUACAGGCUCUGAGUUCCAUGACAGAAAUUGCUACUGUGUCAUCUCAUGAGAAAAUCAUGGCUGAAAAGAAAAGGGCUGAAAUUGCUGCAGCUAGGCGUGCCCGAAUCAUGACUCAGAUGCGAACCAUGCAAAAGAAUUUCAUUAAGCAAAAUGCAGAACUCUUUGAUAGUACUAGCAGUGGAAUGGAUGGAGAAGGUGUCUCUACCUCCUCAGAAGUGGAAAUCCAUGGGCCCGAUUGUAUUGCUGUGGGUCCUAACCAAACCUUCAAAAAUGCUGCUGACCGAGCUGCUCCACUGUCCACUCUGUUUGGAGAGAGGAAGGAUCAACCUGUUGCAUGGAUGAAGGAGAUCCUCUUUUCCUAUCAUCUUCCCUUCACUGUGCUCCUCACACCUCAACAUGUGGUCAUGUCAUGCAUUUUCAGGCAGCCACUGAGCUUUGACAUCGAGAAGAAUGAAUUCAUGUGUCCACUUUGUGGUCGACUCAGCAAUGGUGUCCUCCCUAUCCUUCCUCAUUUGGGCAAAGUUGAUGAUACUGUUUGUCUUUCACUGGAAUUCCAGGAUUGGGUAUAUCUCCUUGAUACCAUCUGUCAAAAGAAGAUUGCCAUGCAUACAAAAGGUGAAGACAAUCAGGAGCUGGAUUCAGAAGCCACACCAACAAAGAUGGGCAGACGAGAUCCUCGCACAGAUGUUGUUUAUCUUCCCUGUCCAGUUUCAUCAUUGAGUUUAGAGUUGAAGCCCAGUUUGUCAUCUAUCUUCUCUGAAUGGAAUCUUGAACAUUCAGAGAAGCUAAGACACUUUCUGCCUCUGAGACUGGGAGAGAUGAUGUCUCUCUUUUCCCAAAGAGUCUACAUGAUUGGCUUGAGAGUAGACCCACAUGCAGAAGAUUCCAGGGUUCCACUCAUGGUCUGGCAGACUGUGGCAUUCAGUAUCCACAACACAGAAUGGCUACUCCGCUAUGACAGCAAGGACCUAUUUGGCAGCUUCUCAGCACGUCAACAGGAUUGUCUUUCAUCUCUUGUCCGCUUUGCAUGCACCUUCUCCUCUAUCCAGCCCUAUCGAGAGGCUGUCCAAUACCAUGGUUUAAGGUUGUUGACUUUCCUCCUUGAGCCAAAUGAUGAGUCUCCUUCCAUUUUGGCCAUGGAUGCCUUCAGUGUCCUCUUGACUCUUGUCUUCUCUCAACGAUCUCUCCUUUGUGGGAAAGCCAUGCCUGCCUUACCCAAGGGAGAUCUCAUGGAUCUGAACUGCUUGAAGAUGGUUCUCAGCCUGCAUGUAUUGCAAGUCAUGGUUAGCAAGGAACUCUUACUAAUCCAGGGAGACCAUAUGGAUACAGAUGAAGCCAAAGGUGGGGGAGACAGCCAUGCAGUUUAUAAAGCUGGCACAGAAUCUAUCAUUGAGAAUUCCUGCCUCCCCUUCAUGCGUUGCUGUGCUCUGUUCUUCCACUUCCUCACUGAUGUCCCACCAGCUGCUCAGCUCACUGAAAAGGAGGGCUGCACUUAUCCAGAACUCUGUCGAUACCUAGGACUCCCAACAAGCAUUGUGCCAAUCAUAGAUGAGGCCAUGAAAGCUGGUCUAAUACAGAGGUGGAUGGAUCAUAGGGUAUUUCAAGAAUGGCUGAGAAGUAGGUCGUCAAAGCUAGUCCCUUACCCUAAUGUGGUGAACAGCCUAGUACCCCUCCCAGAGGAGUAUAGUGAUCUCAUCUGCAGUAUCACUGAAUUCUCUUGCCCACGAAGUGAUGGUGAUGAGUCUCGGACACCCACUCUUUGUCUGAUCUGUGGUCAAAUGCUCUGCUCCAGGAGCUACUGCUGUCAAGUGGAAGUGGAGGAUCGCCAGACAAUAGGUGCUUGUACACAUCAUUCUAUCUCUUGCGGAGCAGGAGUUGGGAUCUUCCUGCGUGUACCUGAAUGCAAAAUCCUUCUCCUUGCUGGACGCACAAAAGGAUGCUUCAUCUCUCCACCUUAUCUGGAUGACUAUGGCGAGACAGAUGCAGGUCUGCGACGUGGCAAUCCUCUCCAUCUCAGCCGUGAGAGCUACCAGAAAUUGGAAAGACUCUGGCUGGGACAUGGUAUCCCAGAGAAGAUAAAUCAUGUCAUGGAGGCAAACCCUGUUAAGCGCUUCCUGCAUGGUUCUCCUGGAGUAGCCUAUGCUGCAAAACUGUCUCAUGCCCAAUCGCAUGAAGCAACUGGAGGUAAAGAUGUUGUGUUUGUGGAUGGUGCUCGAACUCCUUUCCUUCAAUCUGGCACGCAAUUCAGCAAGCUCAUGCCUCAUGACCUUCAGAGAAAUGCUCUCUUGGGCAUAAUGCAGCGAACUGGCUUGCCAAAGGAGGUGGUAGAAUACAUUUGCAUAGGAACAGUGAUACAAGAGGUGAAAACAAGCAAUAUAGCUCGAGAGUCUGCUUUAGCUGCAGGCUUCCCCAAGAGUACUCCUGCCCAUACAGUCACAAUGGCUUGCAUCUCCUCCAACCAAGCUAUUACCUCCUGUGUAGGACUGAUUGCUGCUGGGGUCUAUAAAGUUUGCGUGGCAGGAGGAGUAGAGUUCCUCUCUGAUGUUCCCAUUCGUCACUCGCGUUCCAUGCGAUCCCUCAUGUUGCGAGCUGGUAAGGCCAAAACUCCAAUGCAACAACUUCAACUCCUUUCAACCCUUCGACCAAAGCACUUCCUUCCAGAGGUGAAAGGAUCUGCAACAUCUCCCAUGUUGCCAGCUGUGGCAGAAUUCUCCACAAAUGAGACUAUGGGGCAUUCCGGAGAUCGCUUGGCAUCUGCUUUUGGUGUGUCACGGCAAGAACAAGACGAGUAUGCCAUCCGCUCGCACACUUUGGCAUAUGAAGCCCAUGAAAAGGGUCUCCUUAAGGAUAUUAUUCCAUAUCUUGUGCCAGGAUCAGAUGAAUACAUCACACGAGACAAUGGAGUUCGUGUGUCAACAAAAGCACAAAUGGCCAAGUUGAAACCUGCUUUUAUUCGCCCAUAUGGGACAGUCACUGCUGGGAAUGCCUCAUUUCUGACUGAUGGAGCUUCUGCUUCCAUCAUCACAACAGCUCAGAAAGCAAAGGAACUUGGACUUAGUCCCAAAGCUUUCAUUAGAGAGUUUGUGUAUGUUUCCCAGGAUCCAAAGGACCAGCUUCUGCUUGGCCCUUCCUAUGCCAUUCCAACUGUGCUGGAAAGAGCUGAGUUAAAAAUGCAGGACAUAGAUGUCUGGGAAAUCCAUGAAGCCUUUGCUGGUCAAAUUUUAGCCAACUUCAAAGCCAUGGAUUCAGAUUGGUUUGCACAAAACUACAUGGGACGGUCUGGGAAAGUUGGGGUGCCUCCACUGGAGAAAGUGAAUAGCUGGGGUGGAUCACUGAGCAUUGGGCACCCAUUUGGAGCAACUGGAGUGCGACUUGUCACCCAUGCAGCCAACAGGUUGAUACAUGAAGGUGGCAGGUAUGCCUGUAUUGCUGCUUGUGCUGCUGGUGGACAGGGAGUGGGAAUGAUCCUGGAGAGAUGCCCUGAUGCCAAGUUCUGAUUCAGUUUGGGAUACAUUUGCCCCCUUCCCUCUAUUCCUUUCCUGCCUUUUUAUUUUGUGUAUUCCAUUCAUCUUCUGGGUUACCAAAUUCACUAUCAUACAUUGUGGCUGGUGAUAUUUUUAUACAUUAGGCCUUUCAACAUAAAAGUAUAGAUUGCCAGAAAUUCCAUUUCUUAAUAUUGGAAUUGAAUGUGCAAAAAUGCUGAUUUUGGUUAUCUGGGUGGCUUACUAGAGUUGUCCUAAAUUACAAAAAAUAAAAUAAAGUUUGGCCA